UGCAAGUGUAAAUUUUAAAUUUAAAAUGAGUUUCAACAAAGUAAAAGAAGUCAUUGAAGAAGGAGAUGUGGUAAUUUUAUAUUUAGGACCUAGUAACAUGCAUUCAUUAGAAAUAAAACCACAAAUUGUCAACAAAAAAGGUAAAAUGGUUGACAACAUUUUUCAAACAAUAUAUGGAGCACUCAAAGUUUUUUCCCUUGUUGGACAAAAGUAUGGUACUAAGAUACAACUUUCACGUGGAUGGGGAUAUGUGCUGCAACCAACACCAGAACUUUGGACUUUAACAGUACCUCAUAGAACACAAAUUAUAUAUAGCCCUGACAUAAGUCUCAUUAUAUAUUUAAUGGAUUUAUCACCAGGAAGCACAGUUAUUGAAACAGGUACUGGAAGUGGCUCUCUUUCCCAUACGCUUAUUCGUGCAAUUCGCCCUCAUGGUCACCUUUAUACAUUUGAUUUUCAUGAGCAACGUGUAAAUAUUGCUCAAAUAGAGUUUGAAAGACAUGGUCUUUCUAAAUUUGUAACUUUAAAUCAUAAAGAUGUUUGUAUGGAAGGUUUUGGAGAACAAUUAGAGAAUAAAAUAGAUGCAAUUUUUUUGGAUCUUCCACAUCCAUGGUUGGCCAUUGACCAUGCAUUGUGUACUUUAAAAAAGUCAGGUGGAAAACUUUGUUCUUUUUCUCCUUGCAUUGAACAAGUUCAACGUACUUGUACAAAAUUAGUGUCAAAAGGAUUUACUGAGUUGAAUACAUAUGAAUGUUUGCAGAGAGAAGUAAAUGUACAAUACAGAAAUCUUUCUAUAUUAGAUUUAGAAUGCUUGAAAUAUGAGCAUGUAAACAAAGAUAUGGCACAACAAAGUGAAAAUGAAAAACAAGAACAAACAAAACUACUUACUGUAACGCAUGCUCGAUCUUUACCUGGUCAUACAGGAUUUAUUACAAUUGCUACAUUACCUCCAAUUUAUGCACGAAAGUUAGAUAUAAGUUCACAGUCUGAGAAAAUUACAGUCAAAGACUAA